AUGGAGAAGAAGAGGAUGAACCUGCCCAAGGGGCCGGAUACGCUGUGCUUCGACAAGGACGAGUUCAUGAAGGAUGACUUCGAUGUUGAUCAUUUUGUGUCUGACUGUAGGAAAAGGGUCCAGUUGGAAGAACUUAGAGAUGAUCUUGAACUCUAUUACAAGCUUCUUAAAACAGCCAUGGUGGAGCUCAUUAAUAAGGAUUAUGCAGACUUUGUCAACCUUUCAACAAACUUAGUUGGCAUGGACAAAGCCCUCAACCAGCUCUCUGUACCUUUGGGACAAUUACGAGAAGAGGUUAUGAGCCUUAAAUCAACUGUCAGUGAUGGAAUUCGGGCAGUUGAUGAGCGAAUGUCUAAACAAGAGGAUAUCAGAAGAAAAAAGAUGUGUGUAUUGAGACUUAUUCAAGUUAUUCGCUCAGUUGAGAAAAUUGAAAAAAUAUUAAAUUCCCAAAAUUCUAAGGAAACAUCUUCUUUAGAAGCAAGCAGUCCACUUUUGACUGGGCAGAUUUUAGAGAGAAUUGCCACAGAAUUUAACCAGUUACAAUUUCAUGCUGUUCAAAGCAAAGGAAUGCCUCUUUUGGAUAAAGUGAGACCACGUAUAGCUGGUAUAACAGCCAUGUUGCAACAGUCACUAGAAGGACUAUUAUUAGAAGGUCUUCAGACUUCUAAUGUUGAUAUAAUACGUCAUUGCUUGCGGACUUAUGCAACAAUUGACAAGACAAGAGAUGCAGAGGCCUUAGUUGGCCAAGUACUAGUGAAACCAUACAUUGAUGAGGUGAUUGUAGAACAAUUUGUUCAGUCUCACCCAAAAGGCCUUCAGACCAUGUAUAAUAAGUUGUUGGAGUUUGUUCCUCACCAUUGCCGUCUUCUUCGAGAAGUCACAGGAGGAGCUAUCUCAAGUGAAAAGGGUAAUACUGUUCCUGGGUAUGAUUUUCUUGUGAAUUCUGUGUGGCCAGAAAUAGUAUGCGGUUUAGAAGAGAAGCUCCCUUCAUUAUUUAAUCCUGGGAAUCCAGAUUCAUUCCAUGAGAAGUAUACUAUAAGUAUGGAUUUUGUGAGAAGAUUUGAACGACAAUGUGGAUCACAGGCCAGUGUGAAAAGAUUAAGAUCACAUCCUGCUUACCACAGUUUCAAUAACAAGUGGAACUUACCUGUUUAUUUUCAAAUAAGAUUUAGAGAAAUAGCAGGAUCCUUAGAAGCAUCACUUAUAGAUGGCCUGGAAGAAGCUCCAGCUGGGAGCUCAUUUUGCCUUUUGGCCUCUCAUAUGGCAUGGGUCAGUCUUAUGAAGUGUUGGUCAGAUCAGAUGUUUUUACCAUUGCUAGCACACCGUCUCUGGAAACUCACUUUACAGAUUUUAGCACGGUACUCCAUGUUUAUUAACGAGUUAUUACUCAGGCCUCUCUCCAAUGAAAGUGCCAAGGAUAACAAGAAAUCCUCUAUAAAUAGUAACAAGGAGUCUUCCUCCAUCAGCCAAGGAACCAAUGAAGACCAAGGAAAUAGCCUUUCUGAAACACAGACUGUAGCUUUCAUUUCUAAUACACAGCUUAUAUACGUGGUUGCAGACCUUGACAGACUUCAAGAACAACUUCCAGAACUGUUGGAAAUAAUCAAGCCCAAACUCGAAGUAAUUGGUUUCAAGAAUUUUUCCUCUAUCUCAGCAGCUCUUGAGGAUUCUCGAAUUUCUUUAUCCUCCUCCAUGCCUUCCCUGAGUAACAGGAUCAUCCAAGACUUGAGUGAGUCCUGCUUCAGUUAUCUGAAAAGUGCCCUGGACGUUCCUAGACUUUACCGAAGAACCAAUAAGGAGGCCCCAACCAAAGCUUCACCUUAUGUGGACAGUGCACUGAAGCCGUUCCACCAGCUCCAGAGUGAGCACAAGGACAAACUCAAGCAGUCAAUAAUUCAUCAAUGGUUAGAAGGUGCUCUUUCAGAAAGUACUCACAAGUAUUAUGAAACUAUAUCUGAUGUUCUAAGCUCUGUGAAGAAGAUGGAAGAGAGCUUGAAAAGACUAAAACAGGCCAGAAAAACUGCCACUACCAAUCCCAUUGGCACUAAUGGCGGCAUGAGUGAUGACAACAAAAUCAGACUCCAGUUGGCCUUGGAUGUUGAGUCCUUAGGAGAACAAAUGCAAAAGAUGGGUCUGCAAACAAACAACAUAAAAAGCUUUACAGCUCUCAUAGAGCUUGUUAUAGCUGCCAAGGACCAGGCAAUAGCAGAACAGCCAUAAGUAUUUCGGAAGACUCCUGAAAAAGGAAACAGAUUGUUGGGCUUUGUAAACCUGAAAAGGUGGCACUGCUCUCUUACUGAUCCUUAUUGAGUAAUGAAGUGCUUCUGAAUGCUUCUCCAGCAGCAAGUCAAUGCAUCUCCUAUCAACAUGAUGGGAACUUAUUUCACAAGCAAAAAAAAAGAAAGAAAGAAAUCACAGAAAUUUCUCUUCCAUUGUAAGGAAGGCAGUGGUUAUGUUUUUGUGGUUGUUUUUUUUUUUGGCGGGGGGUGGGGGUUGGUUGGUUGGUUGGUUGGACACUUUCUACUGUAAGUUACAAAGCAAAUUAUUUUUAUUGUAAAUCUUAGUGUGAAAGAACUGAUUUUUAAAAUAUGAUUAAAGCAAAUAUAUCAACAUAUCUAUAUAUAAGUAUCUAAGAAGUUGUUUUCCCAACACUAUGGCUAGAAGAAAAGGAUGUUGCAAGGAAGAUCCCACAGUUAAUGGUAUGGAGAGUUCCUUAGUCCCUUUUCUCUGAAAUUAAAUGGCUGUAAAUUAUUGUGACCUUAAAAGAACAAACAUUAAAAUAGUGUUCUCUACUUUGGCACUCAUUAUUUAUGAACUGUGCUUCUGAUGUUACUUUACAUUAUUCUGACAUUGGUUAGGAGUUAGUACCAGUGGGGAUGAAUAUACUUUUAUUUCCCAAUAAACUCCAAAGCUAUUUCUCUAUUCAUCAUAUAUCACUACUGCACUUGUUUUCCUUAAUACAUUUAAAAGUUUGAGUAUCAAGAAUGUGAGAAAUCAAAAUAAAACCAAGAUGCAUUUUGUCGGAGUGUUGUAGAAAGGCCCAGAGUUGGCAGCAAAUUAGGCCAACCUCAAAAGAGAGAAAAGGCAAAGGAAGGAGAGUUUGUGCCAAUGACCAUGGUGGAUGGUGAAGGACCCACUCCCUUGGAAUUAUGAACUACCAUUUUAAUAGUCUAAUCAUAAGAGAAGGGGGUAAAAGUCAGGGGGCCAGCAGAGAGUGUGCCAUAGCUACCAUGUGUUUACUAUUCUUUUUUUUUAAUUUUUGAUAAUUGCUUUCUGACAUUUUAUUUUUAUUUUUAU